AGCGCUCUCUCGCUCUCGCUCUCGCUCUCGCUCUCGCUCUCUCUAGAGAUCAGAAAACUCUGCCAGAAUUUUCUGAAAUGCAUACGAGUCGGUUGUUCUCUCGCUCGCCAGGCUCGCCGAGUUUCCGCAAUUUUUCCACCACCGUCGACCUCGCCGCCAUCGCUGCUCGAGUCGUCGAGGAACUCAGGGAUCAAGAGCCUCAAUCCGAUUUCCACGCCGACGAUUUCGAGUUCGCUUUCGACUGCGAUCACCGCCGCUCCGAUCCCAUCGCCACCGCCGAUGAGAUCUUCUGCAACGGUCAGAUACGUCCCUUGAAUCCCUACGCUCUGUUUUCCUCCUCAUCCGCCGCCGGCGAUAGUUCUCAGGUCGCCGCCAAAGGUGAGGAUGGAUCGGUUCCGCCGACAAACAUCCGACACCGUCGGCCGCCGCUGAGGAAGCUGAUGCGCGAGGAGCAAGAUUCCUCGUGUUCGCCGACGACAUCGGAUGCCGACGAGGAUCUCAUCGGCGUUUCGCCGGAAUCAUACUGCGUCUGGACGCCGAAACGACCGACCGAAGAAGAAUCCCGAAUCGAUCGCCUCCACGAGCAGCUCUCCUCGCCGUCGCAGCGGGAAAUCAAGAGCAGCAACGGAGGAUCGUCCAAGCGAUGGAAGUUACGGAGCAUAUUGUUGUACGCGAAGAGGACGAGCGACGGGAAGGAGAAGUUCGUGAUCGUGACUCCGGUGAAGAAUACAGAGAAAUCCACCGGCCGAGAAGAAAAAUCGCCACCUCCUAUCGCCGGGAAAUGCGAGGGAGAAAGGAACGGCAAGAGAUCGGAGGAUUCAAAACGACGAGGGUACGUGCCGAGUAGGAAGGACAUGGUUGGGAUUUUGAGAAAUGUGAAUGGGAUAAGUCGACAUUUACGUCCUUUCUGACGUGGACCUCUUUACGAAUAACAAAUACAAAGAGAUGGUAAUGUAAAUAAAUGUUAAGGUGAUUAAGGGAGUUACUUUUGUAUUUAGGGUUUGGAUGUGUCGAUAUAAUGUCGAUUUUCUGCGAAUGAAAUCUUAUAUGUUUAAUUUUGUCAUUUUUUUUAUUUUGAUUAGAGUUUUGGUACCACUUUUUUUUGGGUUU